UUAGUACGGAACAAGUCUUGAGAGCAUAAAAUAUUUCACAUUCACUUAUUUGACAGUGUUGGUACUAGUCUAUCGCAGCUGAUAAACUGCUAGUAGAGAUGAUUUGAGAAACAACAGCAUGAAAAGUGAAAAAGUGGCGCAUGAAAUGUAAGCGUGGUGAAGCUGGUUUGUGAUGGUGCUGAAAGUAAGAAAUGAUGAGAAAGUGGUGAUCUAGAAGAACAACACAGAUGAAGGAUGGAAUAUGAGUAUUCUGCUUUCAGGAGGGAAGCUGAUACACACAAUACUUGUUGUGGUGGAUUAGUGUGGUGUAUUAAGGAUAUUUGUGGUAUCAUUUGUGCAAUUCUGACAUGGCUACUGAUACUUUAUGCCGAGUUUGUUGUUGUGAUGGUCAUUAUGGUUCCAAGUCCAUACCCUCUGUACAGCACAAUCAAUAUGAUUAUAUUUCAGACUUUUGCAUUCUUGGCCUUUGCUUCUCAUCUGAGAGCAAUGUUUACAGACCCAGGUGCAGUUCCAAAAGGAAAUGCCACAAAAGAGAUGAUCCAGCAAAUGGGUUUUCGAGAAGGUCAGGUCAUAUUCAAGUGCCCCAAGUGCUGUAGCAUCAAACCAGAAAGAGCACAUCAUUGCUCUGUUUGCCAAAGAUGUAUUAGGAAGAUGGAUCACCAUUGUCCAUGGGUCAAUAACUGUGUUGGUGAAAACAAUCAAAAGUAUUUUGUGUUGUUUACGUUUUACAUUGCAGCAAUAUCGGUGCAUGCACUGUUCCUGUCAAUCAACCAGUUCAUCAUAUGUGUUCGCCAUGAGUGGAAGGACUGUUCUACUUACUCGCCUCCUGCCACUGUAGUUCUGCUGCUCUUCCUGGUCUUUGAAGCUCUUCUGUUUGCCAUAUUUACUGCUGUGAUGUUGGGAACACAGUUGCAGGCCAUCUGGAAUGAUGAAACGGGAAUUGAGCAACUGAAAAAGGAAGAGGCACGAUGGGUGAAGAAGUCCCGGUGGAAGAGCAUACAGGCAGUCUUUGGACGAUUUUCACUCGCCUGGUUCUCUCCAUUUACAAGGCCACCUUCUAAAUCGAAAGUCGAGAGCUAUCUAUAUUCAGUCUGAAGCCCAAAGUCAGUGAGGUUACCUUGUAUUUUAAGCAACUAAUGACUUUUACAUUUUAAUCUGUACACACACAUGGCUGAAAGUUUAUAUUAAGAAUUCAUUGCAAAAUUUUUUAUGAGCUUUUCCAGACAUCUGUAGUUUACCUGCUGUGAAGGCUCAGUGUUUUUUUUUUCCAUCUUGCCUAUUGAGCAAGAUUAUUAUAAGGAGUGACAUAAAACUGUGGUUGUUGUUCUCACUGAAAAAUAAUGUACUUUCAUUUCACAGUGACUUUUUGAUAACAUUACUGUUUUGGUGCUAAGGUCACAUUUGUACACUCGUUCUCAUUGCCGCUGGUAUUGAAUACCUAAUGUCAGUAUGUAACUUUGGUCAUACUAGCCUGCUCAUCUCAGUCCUCUUCUGCCUAUUGAAUGUGUAUCAUAGCAUCUGUCAUUUUGACUGUGCAGAGUAUAAUAAUUUCUAUAUGUCUUGUGCACUGGGAGCACCUACGAUUGUAAUUAAAAAAGUGAAAAAUAACUAUCCCAGAUUAAACUAUGAAAUAUAGUUGAUAGAAAAGAGGUCUAACCAUGUUAGAUAGCUAUGUUUAAGCUGACAAAAUAUCAGUUAUGUGCAAAUGGUACAUCAGAGUUUGCCCUAUAAAUUUUUUUGAUCCACAAGUCGAAAGUAACUAAGUGAAUGUUACUUGUAAUCAUUUUUGGAUAACCCAGUGUACAGUGAUCCAUAUCAUGAAAUUGACUUCUGCAGAAUUUGAGUGAUUUCAGCAUGCUAUACUAUCACGUAUUUACACACAGUGUGCGGGCUAAAUUACAAUCAGACUGCAAACAGUGAAAUAAGACAGAAUACAAAAAGAGUCAAAAACCAACUUCUGUUUGUCUAGUUCCUACAUUAUUUAUUAUAUUAUGUUCUCUAUCAUGACAUUCCUGUCCCAGUGCGGUACAAAUCAAUUUUAUGGUAAAUACUUAUUUCAUAUCAUCAGUUUGUUGGAUUUGCCAUGUUUGCUAAGAAAUGGUUUGGACUACCGUGACAUGUUCCUGUAGUGGCCAUAUAUUUCUCAAAACUGGCUUAAUGUAUGUAAGCACUCCUCGCAAAACAAAAUGUACUCUUUCAUAAAACCAUCACAGUUUAUUGAAUUCCUUAGCCAUAUAUUUUUUAUCAUUUGUUAUAAUUGUAUACAAAGAAGACAUAGUCUUUAUUGCUGUCAUUGUGAAGAUGGCAUUAAAUGGUUUAGUACACAUCAAUAGUAUUACCUACUGACAGCAUGAUUCUCUAAACAGUGUAUAAUAUGUAUUUCCUAUUUUUGUACAGUUGUAUAUACUAAUUCUGUUAAAUAGCAAUGCUUUUUGUAUCCAACAAAGAAAAUUGGUAAAUGGCAUGACCAUUGUCAGUACUGUGAUUUCCUCAUCUGUUUUAUUUGUUUUAUAUUAUAUGUUGAAUAAAUAUUGCCAACAAAUGUCAGUUCUUUUGAUACAGUAUAAAAGUAUUAUUUUUGACUGUACACAUACAUUUCACAUCUUUGUUUCAAAUAUGUUGUAAUAUUAAUUAUUCAAUUGAGGUUUCACCAUAAUUUUCAGUUGCGUAAUAAAUGUCCUAAGAUAUUUCACUGUGGAUUUGAUAGCCAUCAUAUGUUGAGGGUGACAAGAUAUUAAGAAAAAAUUAUUGCACUGUGGAUUUGAUAGCCAUCAUAUGUUGAGGAUGACAAGAUAUUAAGAAAAAAAAUAUAUACUUGAGGGCAUUGGUGUGUGGUUCUCACAGGAGACAGAAAGUAUUCAUGCCAUUCCCCAAAAUUUUAACAUUCCAUACUUUCCAGUAUCCUCUUCUUUCUCAGUACUGCCAGUGUGAUGUUAUGUUUAAUGGUGUAUAGUUAGUGUGUGUUUAUGCAAUAAGUACCUGCUUUCUGUAAUAUAUUUUGUGAUUAUAAAGCUAUGAGCUUUCAAACAUUCCUUAAAACAAAAUGAAAAAUGCAAAUCUCAGGAAUGAGUAUGAUUACAUAUGUAUUUAUUUUACUUGAAAGAUAUUAGUAAGAAGGUUGUCAUAGAUAGCUAAGCAAAAAUGUGUGAUAUUUCAGAACUAUCUCUCUUUGGAAUCUAAAGAGAAAACAAGGAAAUGUGUGGAAAGUGAAAUAGUUGUUACGAGAAUAAUAUGCCAGUCAGAAAAGGAUCAGACUAGAAUGCUAGAUGUAAAAGAAAGUUGUAAGGAGGACAUACCAAAAUCUGUUAAUUGCUUGUGCAGCAUUCACUCUACUUCAUAUUUAAUAUUUCUUUCAACAUUUUGGUUUUGAACUACUCAUCUUGUGUUUUAAUGUUUUCUAUGUAUUUUCUUUUUUCUUCUGCUCUUUUCAACACCCAAAAUGAAAACAUUUGGGCUGCAGUUCUUCACUGAUUUCUUUGAAUAAUGCCACCGGCAUCAUGCACUUAUGUAUUGUUAGAGUAUAGUAUUUUCUGUGACCAUGGGACAGUAAAAUUAAACUGAUAUGUAUUUUGGAAGAUUUCAUAGAAUGGCUUUGUCUAAGUAGUAAAAAUGAUGAAUACACAUAUAUCACUUCACAUAUUUUGCUAUACUAAUGCUUUUAAACCUUUUUAACUAAUUUCAUUUACUAAAGACAUCUGAGUUUUACUGUUGAUUGUGAGGACCAGCUCUGAGAUUUAUUAUAUUUUAUUUGUCAACAAGACCUUACAAACUCUUCCUUGUGUUACUCUGACUCCUGCCCCCCCUCCCAAAUUCCACUCUCCUCUCCUCAAAAAUGAUAAAAGCUGUCCUCAGUGAUGCUGUACCAGGCAUGGCCCUGUUGCAGGCAUAUGCCCUUGCCUUCCUUCACUCUUUGAACUGACUCAACCACCUAGUUGUAGGGGGGCCUACAGUUUAACUGCUCUCUGAACUAUGGUGCAGCUCCUAAUUUUUUGUGCUAACAAACAAGUUGUGAAACUCAUUGCACUGACUGGGGAUUGAACCUUGGAAC